AUGAAUAGCAUACGUCAGAUACAAGAACUAAACAAACGGGAAUUAGAAAAUGGAGUCUCCCCAGAAGCCUCAUGGCAUGCAGACUACCGCGACACAGCCUACAUCUACAUCGGCGGUCUCCCAUUCGAACUUUCCGAAGGCGACAUAAUAACCAUAUUCUCCCAAUUCGGCGAGCCCGUAUACAUAAACCUGAUCCGCGACAAGGAGACGGGGAAAUCCAAGGGUUUCGCAUUCUUGAAAUAUGAGGAUCAACGGAGCACGGAUUUAGCGGUGGAUAAUCUAGGAGGUAGUGUGAUUAUGGGGAGGACGUUGAAGGUGGAUCAUACGAGGUAUAAGAAGAAGGAUGAUGCGCCGGAUGAGGGCAUUGAUUUGACUGCGAUUGAAAAUGAAGAGGGAGGUGGGGAGGGGCCUAGGAAGAGGAGGAAGACGGACGAGAGUGAGAGCGAAGGUGAGAGACCGAUGAUUAAAGAGGAGAGGGAGUUGGCGAAAUUGAUACAGGAACAUGAUGAUGACGAUCCUAUGAAGGCGUUCUUGAUUGAGGAUAAGAAGGAGGAGAUUAAGCUGGCGUUGGCGAGGGUUAAGGGUGAGAAGAGUGGAAAUUAUUCGGAAUCCAGGAGUAAACAUCGCCAUCAUCAUAAGUCGAGAAGGGAGAAGGAUGAUAGGAGGGAUGGUGAUGAGGGAAGGUCGAGACAUAGGAGAGAUGGUCAUAAGAGCAGUCGAAGAUCACGCUCACGAGAUAACUCACCUCCUCGAAACAAAGAACGUCGUGAGAGGUCUUCACGAGAUCAGCAUAUCAAGCGAGAUGACUCAAUGCCACGGAGGAGGAAAAGUCCAAGUCCAGGUGAUGAGCGCGACUAUGAUCGACGUAGAAGUCAUAAUGACCGCAGAAGGAGAAGUCAAAGCCGGACAUAG